ACUCAGUAAGACAUUAUGUUCUUCAGUCUCUUACUGGAUGACCCUUGUCUCUCAUUCCUUCCUGUUCCUGCCAGUCAAAACAGUCCAACGUUGAGUUAAAUGUUAACAGGGUCUGAAAGUCCUUCCGCCAUCAGUAUUUUGAAGCCUACUUGCCCAUUUGUUUGGACAUUACUGAUUAAACACAGCAGACGCUUUUCUUUAGGAGGACGAACAAUAGCAUGCCUUAAGUAAGAACCAAAUCUAUUACAUCUUUUCACGUCUUUUUUUAAUCCUGUAAGGCCCUGUCUGAAUGACGGCUUUUGGUAUGUCACACACUUGUCACCUGUCGAUUCCUCCUCUGUCGCACUGUGAUUAUAACAGGGAGGGGCAGCUUUGGCUGCAGGAAAACAUUGCCUAAUAUGUUAAUCAUUUUCAAGAAUUUGGCACUUGAUUUAUGGAACAUUUUCAUUUCAGUUUUUUGUACAGUAUUUAUGUGUACAGUAGUUUUGAUUAGAAAGAGCCGAUUUUAUAUGUCUUGCUUAGACACGUGGCCAACAAAUAUUUCCAUCUGCACGAAUUGUUCUGUGAAAUGAGUGAGAGAGGGGCUGUUUUUGACGAGGGAAUUUGUUAUUGGUGCUCAAAGUUACCAUAAACCUAUACGAUAAGUAUAGGUACAUGUUAAUCACAGUAUACAUACUAUAUGUCACACUGCUGAAUUGAAUUCCUAAAUUAGGUUUUCCUAUCACAAAUCAAUGGAUGGCCACUGCUGGAUGAACACAGUCCUGUGUUCGCUGUUUUCACUUCAUUCACCCUAUCUUAAAGACUUCUGUGAACAGAUGAUGAGUAUCAGCGCUGGCCUUCAUGUUUGAAGUGUUGUAUAAAUCAAGUCCUGCACAACAGGCUGGCACAGUAAAAAAGGUGUGGUCAUGGGUGUUGAUUACAUGGAGGAAUGGCGUGAACACGAGACAGAGACAGAAACAGGGAGUGAAGGGACAGACAGAACUAGAGCGCUGAAGGAAUUUGGAAUUUCAAGGCUGUGUAACCAGUAUGAAUAAUAAUCAGGCAAAUGGUCUCACCUAUGACAACAUAGGGUUUCAGCUUGAAGAAGGAAGACCCCCUCCAUACACCCCACCACAGGGUAUAUACCCUCCCCUCCCACAGGGGACCCCCAGCUAUGUUGCCGUCACUCCUAAAACCAUCAACACUCACCACACUGUAAUACCUGGAACACCACAUAACACAGGACAAAAGAAAGGAAUAAAGAAAUGUCACUGGAAACGUAUACUGUGUGCAUCUCUGUGUGUGCUUCUUAUCCUGGCGGUGGUCGGCCUCUUGCUCUGGUACUUCUUUCGCCUCCACGGGACCAACUUCAUGCUGCAAAGUUAUUCUUCUGAAAGCCAUACGUGGAUGCCGGUGUGUGCUGAAAACUGGGACAACAACUACGGGAGCGCUGUGUGUGAGCAGAUAGGGUACAAGAGGCAGGAUUAUGUGUCCUACACCCAAACCAGUGCAGGUUCUUUGGCCUCAAAGGGAUACAUGAAGCUGAAGCCUGGGAGUAACCAUGGAUCACAUAUACAUUCACAGCUCACUUACAGCCAAAGUUGCUCAUCCAGAGCUGUCAAGCUUCAUUGUAUUGAAUGUGGAGUGAGUUCAGCAGCCCCCAGUACUCGUAUUGUGGGUGGUACGGAGGCAGUAAGUGGGGCCUGGCCAUGGCAAGUCAGUCUCCAGAUUCAUGGUCAACAUAUUUGUGGAGGCUCCAUUAUCAGCCCUUACUGGAUUCUAUCUGCUGCACACUGCUUCCAAGCGUACUCCAAUCCUGGAAUGUGGAUGGUAUACGCUGGUGACUUGAGCUUGUUACAAAUGAGCUUUGGCCCUGGCAAAACUGUUAACAAAAUCAUCAAUCAUGAAAAAUUUGACACAAAAAACAAUGACAAUGACAUUGCUCUCCUAAAGCUCAAUACACCUCUGACAUUUACAAGAACAGUGAAGCCUGUGUGUCUCCCCAACAUUGGUGUGGAUCUCUCUGCUGGACAUCAAGCCUGGAUUACAGGAUGGGGAGCUUUGCGGUCAUCUGGGCCGUCCCCUGACAGACUAAAUCAGGCCCAGGUGACCAUUUACAGCAGAGAGACCUGUAACAGACCUCAGGUGUUAAACGGAGAAAUCACUAAGACCAUGAUCUGUGCCGGCAAACUGCAGGGAGGAGUCGACUCGUGUCAGGGAGACAGUGGAGGGCCCCUGGUGGUCAAGGAGGGAGAUGUAUGGUGGCUGGCAGGAGACACCAGCUGGGGGAUUGGAUGUGCUUUCAGGAACAAACCAGGAGUCUAUGGCAAUGUAACCUACUUUAUCGAGUGGAUAUAUGAUCAAAUGCAGAAUGAGUGACAGAGUUCUGGAUGACCCUGAAGACAAACCUCUUUCAUUAUUCAGCGGUACAUACUUUAUCACACACUUUGCACUUUAAAUCUGAAGCUCAGAGGGAACUUACUGAUCAGGAAGAUUUUCAUAAAAAACAAAAACAAAAUAUUGUACAAAUAAAACUAAUGUGUCAUUUCAUUAUUUAUAUAUACUUAGUACAGAUUGAAUUUUGUUUUUGAACAAAAUCAAGAUUUAUCUGUUGUAAUAAAACAAAUUUUGCAGAAAGAGCUGAGUUUCAAUUUGAUAUUGUGUGACAAAUGUCCUGUAGCAGUGGCAGCUGGUGGAAAAUGUUCCAGGUAGGGCUGUGCCAUAUCCAGUCAGUUUCAGCUAACAUCCCAGUAUGAUUUAAUGCAAAAAUGUGAAUGUAUCAAAAAGGAAUUCCUACUUUAAAUAUAUAACAAUUAUUUUAUUCCAACAUAAAAUAAAGCAGUAAGCAAUGCCUUGACAAACACAUCAGGACAUCGUAUUUUGGUCCCCCACACAGGCGAUUUCAGUAUAAUAUAAAACGUGUAAUAGAAAAUGUUUAUUUCUUGUGAUGCCCCUAUGGACCUUAUAUUGUUGGGGAAACCAAUAGGGAGGUAAAGAUCGGGAGAGUAAACAUAAAGGGCAGUUAGUGGUGAUAAAUUGCUAUUCAGACACUUGAAUGGACAUAUGGGACUCUCGAUAUAUCAAUUUAUCAAGUUUUUUUGGUGAAUGUGUUUGCAGCCAACAGAAGCAGAGCAACAUGACACUGAGGUCCUUGUGUUUGCUCCCUGUUGCAUGCAAAUCCAAUAUUUUCAUAUAUUUUAACCUUGGCUUAAAAAUAUACCUCAGCCAUGUGGACCUGCAAGCCAAAACAAUGAAAUGAACUGGAGUACUGAUUCUCAGUGUGAUCGGUUGUACUAGCAACUUGGGCUCAGACACUUGAAUGGACAUAAGCAUGGGAGUCAGGCGCUCUGAGGUGUAGAGAUAGUAAAUGCCAGCAAACGUUUGCUCACAAGUGAAUUAAAUUGAAUUAUGCUAUACUAUAAUUAAGAAAUUGUGGGGUCCCUGAUAACCAAUACAACACAGUUAACAGAAGGAAAUACCCAAAAUACUAAUAUAAACAACCUUGUAAAUAUCAGUUGACCUUUAACACAUGGAAUUAUUUGAGAUUUGUUUUAAAAUGUUAACUGCGCAUCGCACAAAAACAUACACUGGGGCUGAAAAUGAACAAAUGUACACUACCAGUCAGAGUUUGAGUACAUCCUGCUGGAUACCUGCUUAAUCAUUGGCCAUUUGAAGCGCAGUAGCGAUGCUGUCGGCAGUUGGUAAUGAACUCGAAAACCCGCUGUUGGAUGUUACUGUUGGCAUCGAUGUAGCUUAGCACAAGCACCAGCUGUCAGUGGGAGGAAAUGUCAGUCUCGUCUGCUUGAAUGGCGUUAAAAUCAGCGAAGUUGACUUCCUCCAGAAUGUAAUCCUUUAGCAGUGACAGCAAUGCAGUCCAACAGCUCGAUUUGUAGCGUUACCGUCUUUGACUGCCUUUAAAAACGGUAACAUUAAGUUAACUAGCUGUCUUAGGUGCUCCUCCGGCACACUGCAACAAAAUCCACCGGUCCCCUGAAAAUGGCAGGGUUGUCCGAGGAGUCAGUCUCAUAAUGCCUACACAAGGCCGACUCAAAAGCCCCACAAAACUUCACACAAUCGAUUAUUUUGGAUAAAAUGUUUGUAUCCACCUCCUCACCGCCAUCCUGUGGCCGCUGUCCAGCUGCGUAGCGAUGUUCGCUCUGCCUAAUGUGGCUAACGUUAGCUGGACAGAAUUGUCCAUGUGUGUCCUGGUGUUCUCAUGUUUCCUUACUUUCUCAGACAGGGCUUCAUAUUGCUCACUGCUGUAACUGUCCAUGCUCGAUUUGUCCCCAUUGUUUAAAAAAGCAAAAUAGGGCAUUAGCAUGACUGCAUCCAGCUAGCCAGGCCUUUAAGUGCACCAGCUACGAGACAAGCCUCGCAUACACUGCUUCCCUUUCUCGCUAACCUGUUCAGGUUGAACUGGGCAUAAAAUAAUCGCCCUUUUCGGAUUAAAUUUUACGUCACACUUUCAUAUCUUUGGCUUUCUUUCUCCACCGCCCCAUAGCUGCUGAGACAUGCAGACAAGCACACAUAUCCAAAUUUCCCUUUGAAAGAAGGUUACACCCCACUUUAAUUCCUGCAUCAACCUGUUCACAUGAUGAUAACUGAGCAUACUCUAUUUGCUGAGGAAGACUGUGAGAUGUGGUUAAAAGCUCACAAGAAAAGUCAGUGAAAUUUUCUUUCUAACUACUGCUUCCAAGGUCAAGAAUCAACUCUCACACUCAGGCCUUUAACAUAAUUCACUUCUUAUGUGUGUCAUAUUUACAGCUUAAUGACACUAGCACGCCCUUUUCAUACACAAUUAUCAGCAUUCUGAUAUUGUACUGGCAGGUUACUGUGUCAAUGAACAGUUUAGAGUCUGCACUGUCCAUGUCUACAUGUGAUGUGUAAUUCAAAGUAGAAGGAAUUAUCUGCUGACACACACACAGGACAUUUGAGAAAGGUGUAUCCUCAAACUAUUUCAAACUUUCCUCAAUCUGUUUUAAGAAAACCAUUCAUGUCAACUAUAUCUUUUCGUUUUGUGUUACUGAGGUUAUAGCAUGUGAGAUGUACUGCCUGAGUGCUCGCUUCUCUAAAGAUCCCACACUAUAUCUAGUUUGAUAGCGGUGUAUAUCUUUGAUAUGUACUAGUUCCCCAUCUAAUUCUGAAUUCAAAACCCUUUGGAUAACCUGUAGAGCUCUCUGUAGUCAGGCCCCCACCCUAUGCAUCCCUUUGUCACCAUUGGGUCACUUUGGCUUUUAGGUGGUACUAAGCUCUAAAACCAAAGGCGUUUGAGCUCAGUCACCUUCCGUGGCUCCUAAACUUUGGAAUGUAUUCCCUUUGGACUAAAGAUCUGCGGACACCUUUUAAAAGCAGCUGAAGAUGCACAUUUAGACUUACAGUACCUUUGCUUAUUUUUCCCAUGUUUUGUCUCAUUGCACUUUAGCUCUAUUAUUGUGAAGCCCUUUGUGAUGUAAUGUCAGGAAAGGUGCUUUAUGAGUCUGGUCACUAAAUAAUAUGACUCAUGGGAUGGUUGCUAAUGAUCAUUUCCAGGAAACCUUGGAUCAAAGUACAGAAAUAAAGGUUAUAGGGAUGGCAAAUGGAAGCGAUAAAGAGCCAGUAUGGAGAUCACCUGCUUUGUACCCACAGAAUCAAAACAAAGAAUUUCCACUGUAUGUUUUACUGUUCCCUGCCUGGCUGCAAAUUAACACUACAGAAUAUUUUUUCAGUUGCUGUCUCAUUACCAUAUAGAUCCACGUAGAAGAAGAAGAAGUCUAUUUUUUAUGUUUUAUGGUAUUGGUUUUUGAGACGUACAGUAAUAGGCUAUCAAAUUGCCAACCAACAUCCAGAAAUGGUCUUUUCUCAUCAUUUAAGUAUUGCUUUAGAAUAGUGACAACUAGCUAAUUUGGUCGUUCACCAACAGUAGUGGAAAUUGAACAUUGGGUUUUCACAAAGAAAAGUUUUCAUAAUAGAAAAUGCCUAUUGAAUGCUAAAUGCCAAACUGGAUGGAAGAAUAAACAGACUUUAUAAUCAUGCCAUGUUGUUGAUUCUAAUGAUGUUCUCCUCUGUAAUGACUCCGCUGAGUUUUUUUGGUGACCACCUAAUUACCUCAGCUAAGGAGGUUAUGUUUUCGGUCCUGUUUGUUUGUCUGUCAGCAGAACCCAUUAAAUAUUGGGGUGGAUCCGAA